UCCCGAAAUUUUGGCGUGAGACUACUUUAGGUUUUCCUUUAACUCCAGAUUUGGAGAGAGCUGUUAGAUGUAGAAGCGAAGGAUAGCUUUCUUUUACAUAAACAUAGACACUAUUUAAGUCAAGAUUAAGAAAUGCGAAUUUUUUUUAUUUUUGCGCGGUCCCUCAGUUUGAUUUCAAUGGUAAGUCAGAGCCAACAGCACAAGUGUAGAAUAGGUCAUUCAAUGUUUCUCGGAAUUAAAAGAAAAAAAAAAAUCAACAAAACGUUAUCAUAUGUCAGAGGAUUAUUACUGUUUUCCAGUGGCGCUUGAUUUGAAUCUCUGUCUGUUAUUUAAAGAUUUUGCUCUGUUGCAUUUUGCUUAUAUACAUGUGUUAAGCAAAACCUUCGUGAUAAUCUAAAUGUAAAGCAAGAAGUUUCCAUGCUUGAAAGGUUACACGCCAUAAUGGGUAAACAAGACAUGCGCCACACACUAAAAGUUGAUCAAUCUUUCUAGGAAAUUGGUCCCCACUGAAUACUAAAGGAGCAUCAGCAUCGAAGGAGCAUUUUCAGUUUCGAUGGCAUAUUCAAAGAGCUUCUGAUCUUGGGUCUGAAAAGUGGGUCUGAAAAGUUUCUUUGAAAACCUCUUUUUAAACUGGUAAGAAUGUGAAAGUUUCUUGUCAUAAAAAAUAGAAAUCGUGCUAUUGACAGAUAAAGCUGGAUCAAAGCUUGCUGCACCAAAUCAUGCCUAUCUUUUAGCUUAUUUAGAAACAAUCGACAAUCGAUGACUCAGUGAAGGAUGUAACGUUUUAUUUGGUUCUAAAUAAUUUUGCAUCUCUGAAAUUUGGACUCAGUCAGGGCUACAGAUCUAGUCGAUCCGUGGUUUAAAGUAUAUUUAGAAGAAAUAAAAUGCUGUUGCUAAUAUUAGAAGCACAUAAAUAGAGGCUUUUAGAUCGCAGUACAUAAUAACAAAGAAGUCGGGUUUCAUUUUUGGUUAUUUAUGUAACGCUUCAGAGAUUCUGCGCCAUAACCCUUCGACAUAAUUAUGUCGAAAGUAAAUGAAUUUAGAAAACGGGGUGAGCCAUGAUUUAAGAAAGUCCCAAGUGGGGUUUAAGGAAUGCGAUUUUCUAUUUUCUAUUACAUCAAUCUGCUUAGUAAGAGAGGUCCCCCCUUUUUCUUUUAACAAAAAUUAAAGUUUUAGUUUCAUUUCAUUUCAUCUGACUAUAACUUGUCUGUCUAAUGAAACUUAUGGCGUCCACGACCCGAUGAAGUGUAUUAAAUACUAUUAAAUGCACUCUUAGUUGAACCAGUUCGGUUGCUUAAUGGUUUCAACAAGACACAAUGGCACCUGUGAGAGUUCCAUAGAGCUAAUUUCGAACACAGUAAUUUUGACUUCAGUUCAUGAUCAGAUCAUCACUUUUCGUUAUGCGGUUAUGCCGCAUGGAYUCACUGUUCGGUAACACCUUAACAGCCCUCGAUUUGAUUCCAAAUGCCGCGAGACAGAUUCAACAACACAAGGAAAAAAGGCUUCUUCCAUGUUCACUAGUUUCUUGAAAUUGACUCAAUUCCUAGAAACUAGUGAAGAUUGAAAUACAUAUACUGAUGCAGUGUCAUAUCAAGACGAUUAGGUUAGUAUCUACUGCUUUCAUUUACUUUACAUCUUUAUCUUUUUGCUCUGCUAGAUUGUUCACAUCUUUCAAAUUACAUUAAGCAAAACAAUUUAAUAGUGGCUUUUUUCCUGUCUGAAAACUCUAUUCUCGUCAUGGUAGGCAAACAACUGAACCAUACUGCUAAGACUGAAUGGCAUGCGACAAGUACACAUGACAUGGGUAAAUAAGACCUUUCUCUGAUUCUUGGAAUUCCAGGUGCACCAAGCAUUAUAAAGGCUUUUGGUUGCCAUCUUGCAGGAACCUAACGUAAUGUUUGAUACCUAUUUAUCUUCAAAACCGAAUCAACCAAGGCAAUAAACUAAUUCUCUGCAGAGCAAAGAUGAAUCCUCAGCCAACACAAGCAAGAGCAAUACCACUUUGCAUUCCCAACAAUUUUAAGUGGAAUCAACACACGGGUAAUCUAGAAAAAACUAAAGGACGACGUCAAACACUAAAUGUUAAUGACGAGGCGCUUACAGAGCUGGGAAAAAUAAAAGAACCCGUGUGUGUUGUUUCAAUAGUUGGACCAUGCAGGGAUGGCAAGUCCUUUAUUUUAGGUGAAACAUUUAAUCAGCCUGACGUGUUCCCUGUGGGAUUUAAGAUGGAUCCCGAGACGAUGGGAAUUUGGAUUUGGAUUUUACCACAUACGAUAAAGGAUAACCAUGGCCGUGACGUUAGAGUAGUGCUCUUAGACUCGGAAGGAACGGAAUGUGCUGAGGCGGAAGGACAGCAAGACAACCAGAUCCUCACUUUGAUAGUGUUAAUGGCUUCUAUACUAAUUUACAAUUCAAAGGGAGUUCCAAAGAGAAAUGAACUCAAUCAACUGGAGUUUGUACUGAAACUGUCCCGUCAAAUUCAAGCUAGAUCAGGCAGACAGAGUGGUUUGGUUAAAAAUGAAGAUGCUUUUCAUAAGACGUUUCCACACUUCAUUUGGCUCCUGAGAGACGUCAUGACUGACAUACCAGAUGACUGUAAAGACAUCAAAGAGUACUUCUUGACAAGGGUUUUUAAAGGGACAGAAGCAUCAGAAAAGGAUAAAACCCAAUACAUUGCUGAAAGCAUUCUGCACUUCUUUUCUGAAUUUGAUGCCUUUUGUCUUCCACCACCUGCAUUCAGCAAAGAGUUAAUGAAAGAUUUCAAACGGAACAAGGAUCGUAUGAACCCAGAAUUCUUCUCCGAAGUGGAGGAGUUUAAAAGAAUGCUGCAUUCUAAAAUCGGUCCCAAGAAAAGCUGUAAUGAAGGAGAGUAUGUCACUGGAGAAGGACUGGCAGUCUUGACGAAACUGUAUGUUGAUGCUAUCAACGAUCCUAAGAGCAUACCCAAUGUGCAAACAGCUUGGGAAACUCAUGUGCAAAGAAAAUGCAAGGAUGCAAAGAGAAAAGCGAUGCAAGCUUAUGACAAGAAAAUAAAGGCACAACUUUCUGAACUGCCCUGUGAUGGAGAGAAGAUCCUGGCGAGUCAUGAAUCUGCUAUUCGCCAAAGCAUGGCCAUAUUUAACGAAGAAACAGUUGGUAUUUCCUCUGACCAUACCAAACGAGAUUCUGAGGAGCUGAUGAAUGAAGGAAUUCAAAAGCUAGCUGAAUGGAAAGCCAAAAAUGAUAGUCUGACCAAAAACUCCUGCGAAAAACUUCUGAAAGAACUAAAACGAAAGCAUUUAGAUCCUGUCUUUGAUAGAGCUCGUGGAUCGGCUGGAACAAGUGUGUCUUACAAGGAAAUCGACGAUGGCCUUGCCAUAAUUGAACUGGAGUACAAAACUCAUGCAGUGGGUGCCAAGAAUGUUCGAGCACAAGUGUUUUACGAAUUCCACGAGCGCUUUAAGGCUGAGUGCGACCAAAACAAAGAGUUUCUCAAGGCAAUGAAGGAUUACCAGAAAGAACUUCUAGAACAACGGCAUAAAAACGCCGAGAAAGAUAAAGAGACAGAGAAGCUAAGGGAAGAAGCUGCUUAUUUGAAGAAAGAACAGAAGAUUCAAGAACAAAAGCUGAAAGAUUUAGAAGAGAGGAAGAAUAAAGAGCUCUCUGAUAAACUCAGAGAGUAUGAGGCAACAACAGAAAUCCUCAACAAGAAAAUUUAUGAUAUGGAAAAGGCGGGAAUGGAAAAGAAGAUCAGCGACUUGGAAACAGAGCGCGAUGAAGCCAUAGAAGACAAGUUGCAGACGGAAUGCCAAUUGCACGACUUGCAGGGCGAAAUCACAAACCUGAAGGGCCAAUUGGAUGAAGUCCUGAGACUGCAACAGUUACCUUGGUGGAAAAAACUAUUCGGAAUGACUGAAUAAAGUUAACUGUGUGACCAUGGCGAAAACAGAACUUUUAGAGGGAUAAAUAAACAAAGCAAUAUACAAAAGUUAGGCGCACUGUAGGGGAAGAAACAAAAAAAAAAAAAAAAGAAAGAAAGAAAGAAAAGGAAAAAAGAAAAAAAAAAAAAACGCGUUUAGUGGAAAAAUAAUUGUAGAGAAUACUUCUUUUAAAGAAGUAGAUUUCAUUAUUAAAGUUUGUCUAAUUAACGCUGAAACUACACCACGAUCUAUAUAUUUUACACUUUUGCUUCAGCACAGACUUUUGUCUUCCUUAUUGUUACAAACUGCGCAUCAAAUGAUUCAGUAAUAUUCACAAUAGACAUGUAAAAUGCACUUGGUAACCAUAAAUAUUACAUUUGUAGGUAAAAUUGAGAGGUAAUGAUACGUUUUAGAUAUUAUUGUUAUUGUUUUCACUGCUUUUAUCAGUCCAGAGCAUUUUCACUUUUGUAAAUGUGCGAAACAACUGAGCGUGACGUAACAACAUGGUACUUGCCACCUCUUAGCGAGUAGACGCUACUGGACUUCUAGAUUGGCGGGUUUGUUUUUUUAAUCAUUGUCACUGUCAUUACAAAGGGUAUCGGCUAACAGCAAUAUAAAGCCUCUAUUGCAUAUACUUUUCAUUUACAGUUGAAUGCAUGUACCUAAAGCUCUUCCUCAGCCAUAAAAAAAGGAUUAGUAACUGAAAACAACGCAAGGAAAUAAAUAGUUUGAACAGGC